AGAAAAGGGAAGUUGCUAGGAAUAUUGGAAAUCGUCAAUAUCAUGCCUCUUUUCUGAAGGUGCAUGAGCUGAAGUAUUUGUGUCUCCAUUGGUGAUCCCUCUGAUGUUUGUGUAUCUUUGACUAUGGAGGUAAUGAUGGUAUCUUUCUGGCCCUUAUUUCAGGUAUUUGCUCAAAUUAUAGUGCUUAAGAGCUACAUCAGCAGCUACAGUGGCCUCAUUGUCAUUCUUCUUUUUCGUUUUUUAGCAAUAGUUCUUCUUCUUGAUACUCGUUCUAUUCACAAUUGUUCAUGCUACUGUUGCUCUUUAUGAAUCUCCAGAAUAGAUAUCUGAAGCAUAGAUUUCUGGCACUGCAGAUGUGGUUCUACAGAAACAAGUUAAAUUGACCACUUAUACAAAGUCAGAUCAUGGAAGGCUUCUAAACCCUGAUUGAGGUGCAUUUCUCUGCUGAGAAUAGCUUGUUUCAUAAUCUUGGUGAACCACCAUGUCUCCAUGAUAUUAACAGUGGCCAAUUCAAGUCUUGUGAGCGUUCAGAAUGCAGAGAGUAUCCACAGUUUUAAGAACUUUAUGCAGUUUUGCACUACAAGGUCUGCUGCUCAUGCUACUUUGCAACAAAGCUUUAAAACUCAAGGCCCGGUUCCAAUCCUUGCAGUAUCAUACUUAAAAAGGGUCUUGAAAGGUGAACCACAAUGGGAAAAUCCGGAAUUCGAUUUCUGGGCUACAGCCGAAACAAACCGCUCUUUGAGGAGCUUCCUGAGUCGAGGAAGCCAUGGAGACGAAGAAGAAGAAGUUGAUGACGACCACCACUAUGAAGAGCUGGAAGCAGAGUUAUGUUUCCCUUUGCAGAAGCACCCGGCACGGAGCAGCUUGUCUAAUUUGCAGGCCAUAGCCGAAGGCAGGAAGCAGCUGAUGGAGCUCGCCGGAGAUAUGCCGGACUCCAAUCUCGAACUCUCCCUCAAAGACAUCGUGAACGAAUGGAAUGUUUCCCCGUCUCGAGCAAUAACAGAAGGGGAUCAUGUGGGGGUCGUUAAAGGUGGAAGCUUUCAUUUUGCGACGGAAAAGCAGAGCAGCAGGAGAAACAACAGUAUGCAGCAGCAGAAGAAGAACGCGGCCAUCAAGCCAUUUGUUGUCCCGAGGAACUAUAGCGUCGACAAAGGAACCUUCUUGAUCAAGAUGUUCAGUCCGUCUACUCGCAGCAGCUGGAAAACGAACCUGAAAUCUUCGUCGUCGUUGAAAGAAGGCUGUGCCGUCAGAAGCAGCAGCAACAGAUGCGGAAGCUCUAGAACUACCAGCAGAAGCAGCAGCUGUAGUAGUAGCGGUUUCAGUUCCAGCAGUACUACCAGACUCAGAAGGCAGAGCAGCGUUACCACCACUUCCACUUCCUUCCUUGACUGCUUAACUUGCUUGCCUUCCUUUUGCGCCAGAGGAACGCACAAGAGCAAGCAACGAAGUAGAGAGUGCAUGUUUUGAACAGGGAAAUCACACUAGAGAUCGAACCGGUCUACUGGUAAAAAUAUCGUUGGCUCUGAAUCAACACGAAUUGGCAGGUCUUCUCAUCAGAAACUUUCCUUGGCUGACAAGUAAUUGUAACUCAUGCCAACUUCUCUUCUCAAACAUUGGCUUGGAAUAGGCUCUCAUGGUAGAAACUGUUCUUCAUCAGGUGUUUUGCUCUAAGGUUCGGAGACUUCCUCGUUCGCGCUUCUCUGUACCAUAGCACAGUCGUCGAACUGUGUUCGAUUGGUUGGCUAGUUCGAUUAGUUGGCUAGCCGGCUGAUAUGUUGGAUGCUCUGUUUUUUCCGUUCUUCUAAACACUGAGUACGACUGAGACAGAGACUGAGACUGGGACUGAGAUGUCUUGUUGUUUGGUUGUAUUGGCUAAAUUGACUAAACUAUUGAGACCUGGCCAGGAUUAACAAAUGGAAGCCUUUGUGGUUUUUCCUGCUUUGAACUACUUUCCUGUAGAAUCUUGUAGCAGACCAGGAGCUUGAUGGUCUCAGUUUAACCAGAAGACUCUGUCCUGAUUGAUGUUUUGGGUAAUCAGUAGGAGUGGUGGUUCGGUUAAAUCAAACAUAAAACCAUUAGAAAUUAGGACCCGAAUUCACCAAUUCUUCAAAAUCGAAAUUGACACGGUUAAAAGAACUGAAACGUACAAACCCUUGAUGGUUUCGGUCAGAAUAAACUAAAAAAGAACCU